UUCACUUGCCUCGAAAUGCCGAGCAGAGACGAAUGUAUCCGAGCUGUGAGCACUUUCAAAUCCGACGUCUUUGCGGCUAAGCCCGACGAGAGGCUGGGCUUGAAGGCGAUCGUAGAGAUGUUGGUUAGUAGAAAGGACGAGCACAAUAACGUCGCGGCUGUCGUGAGGAAGGAAUCGCGAUUCAGAACCGUUAACGAUUUGAAAGAUGCCAAGGCGUGCUUUUCCGGCUAUCGGGGCGUCGGAUGGAAUGCUGUCUAUUUGGCUUUGAAAAAAAAAAAAAAUAACUCCGAUCGACAGCGUCUCGAUGAUGUAGAGUCUAUCUCGACUUUUUUCAAGGAAAGCUGCGUUUUGAAUAUCGACCCGAAGAAUCGGAGCUUUCCGAGCAACUUGUACUCGCUGUGCAAAAAGGAUGAGUCAAACUUGACACUUGAGGAAAAGACCUUCAAGUGCCUCGAGGAUGGUGCGGACGUAGCCUUCGUAAACGUGAGCGCCGUAAGAGCAUACGCUUCGCGUAAGUCAAGAUUUUCAGCCAGUAAUCACACACUCGUUGUCGAAUACAUAAUCUGCGCCUUAUAUCUCGAACAUCUUUUCAGGCAACGUCGUAUUCAAUUUCAAGUAGAGAUUGCUUUGUCCCCAAAACGAGGACAGUUCGUGUUUUCUAGCAAAAGUCACUUUGGGCUCGGUAAUAUGACUCAUACAGCUGUAUAGCAGUGCGAAAAUAAUUUGUCUGAGUAAAUAUCGUUCCGACUUUCCUUGCAGAUUCUCGUGCAUGAGAAUAUAACAAAAGUCCGAGAGGACGAUAUCUCCUUGACGUUCCUGGGGUUAAACCGGUAUUUCGGCAGAACCUUCGACAGGGAAACCCCGAUGUUCGAAAUGUACGGGCCGUACGAAGACAAGUCGAACGUACUGUUCCCUGAUGCGACGAUGAAGCUACAAAGAGUCUCGCUCGACGUGAAUUACGUUAGCCGCGACGAGUCAUCGGAUCACGUUUUGCCAAAAGUCCGACAUUCGCAAAAAAUUUUUAAAACCGCAGCCGCAAGAGCCGCUCGAAACAGCUGUCUCACUCGAUUUUCGCAAUGUUCAAUGUAUUGUGCGCGCAACGCGCCUGUACGUCAGAUUCUUUUAGCGAAAUAAAACCGACGCAUAUGAAAAAUU